AUGUCGUCUGGAAAAGCCUCGUAUAGAGAUAGAAGGGUAUACAGCGUCGAGAAAGACACAGUUAUGCACACUGAGAGCGGCGGGUAUCUCAUUGGAGAUGUCCUCGGUCAGGGAAUUUUUGGAAAAGUGGCCACGUGUACCAAACUGCGCACAGGAGAGGUAGUGGCCGUCAAAAUAUCGAGAAGAGACCGUCAGAAAACAGGAAGAAGAGAAUAUAGGAUGUUGAAAAAACUCAGACAGCUGGAUCCCGAGAAGAACAACUUGAGGAACUUUCGUCUCUUUGGAGCUGCCGUCGUCACCGUCUUCACCUUCGUUAUUGUUUCUCCAGCUGGCCUUGAGAGGAGUCAGUUCUGGUGCUAUUAUGUCUCCAUCCUGCACAAGACCAUAAACAAAAGGUGGUGGUAUAGAGGCAUGGAAGUGCAGGGCAGUAAUGUCGUCUGGGAGAACCAGGCCGUGUUCCUUCAACACUGGCUGAAGGUUGUUAUCAUCCACCAGCCAAACAAUUCCUCACUGACCCAAGUCGUGACACAGCCCGGCGAUCUGGACACAGAGGAUGUCUCUGCGAGAGAUGAGGAGCUCUGGCUGCCUCUCAUUCAGAGCUUGGACAAGUUGCCCGGCCAGGGCUGCAUCAUUGAGAUAACGCAGUCCGACACCGAAAGUCCUGCGAUGUGUCUGCUGAGCACUGAGAUCCAGCAGAUCAAAAGAAUCGGAGGAGAAGAGGCUAUCCUCGCUGACCACACUGGAGGGCCGGCUGUGGUGGCUCUCGGCAUCCCCUUUGGCCUGCAGGAGCUGCUGCAGAGCCUCCGGGAGUAUUGCCGGGGCAGAUGA